AAAUCAGUUUGUCAUUCGGUUCAUUGGUAUAACAUCUAACUAAAUUCAAACAAAUCAAAAAUAUGCCUCGCUUUGUAUGCGCUCUGCUCGUUGUGGUGCUCCUGGGCGCCGUUCUGGUGCGCGGCUUUGACGAGCAGGAGGCCAUGGCCAAGAUGAUGGAGAGCGCGGAGGCCUGUCUGGGCGAAGUGGGCGCCAAAGAUACCGAUCUGCAGGAUCUGGUCAAGAAACAGCCGGCCACCACUUACGAGGGCAAGUGCCUGCGUGCCUGUGUGAUGAAGAAGUGUGGUCUGCUCGACGACAACGGAAAGCUGGACAACGCCGCUGGACACGAGAAGGCCAAGCAGUACUCCGGCAACGAUCCUGCCAAGCUAAAGAUUGCCAUGGAGAUUGGCGAUAUCUGCGCGGCUAUCACAGUGCCAGAUGACCAUUGCGAGGCUGCCGAAGCCUAUGGCGCCUGCUUCAAGACCGAGGCCGUCAAACAUGGCUUGAUGUAAAGGAAAUCGGAAAAUUGAUGCGACCGAACAAAAACCUAUGAGCACGGGAGUGGCCACUCCACUAGGAAAUCUGUUUAAGCUUGAUGUAAUUGACGGAGACGUAGUAAAUGAUGACAUUUUGAAAAGCAAAGCA